CGCAGCAUUUCUACAUCAUGUCCGUCUGAUGUUUGUUAUUACUAUUUUGACGCUUUGUACACGUGUUGUUUUAUAUAGAGUUUAUUAAGACGUUAUUAGACGAUUUGUGUAGUCCUGAAUAGCUUCGAGGUUUCAUUUAUAAAUGCAAUCGAGGUGACCGAAGCAGCUUAGCUUUAGCUAGCUAACAUUGUUAGCAAUCAGCUAGCUAACAUAACCAGAAAAAUAACAAGAUGCCGGACAUUAAAGUGACUCCUUUGGGUGCUGGACAGGAUGUUGGGCGCAGCUGCAUUCUGCUCUCUAUAGGAGGCAAGAACAUUAUGCUGGACUGUGGGAUGCAUAUGGGAUAUAAUGAUGAUAGACGUUUUCCAGACUUCUCUUACAUCACUCAGAACGGCCGCCUUACAGACUUUUUGGACUGCGUUAUAAUAAGCCAUUUCCACCUGGACCACUGCGGUGCUCUUCCCUACAUGAGUGAGAUGGUGGGGUACGAGGGGCCGAUCUACAUGACCCACCCUACCAAAGCCAUCUGCCCCAUCCUGCUGGAGGACUUUCGCAAGAUCACCGUGGACAAAAAGGGCGAGACCAACUUCUUCACCUCACAGAUGAUCAAAGAUUGCAUGAAGAAAGUGGUGCCGCUAAAUCUGCACCAGACCGUUCAGGUGGACGAUGAGCUGGAGAUCAAAGCCUACUACGCAGGACACGUACUCGGGGCAGCGAUGGUGCAAAUUAAAGUCGGCUCCGAGUCCGUCGUCUACACGGGUGAUUACAACAUGACACCAGACAGACACUUAGGAGCGGCCUGGAUUGACAAAUGUCGUCCAGAUAUUCUGAUCACCGAGUCGACCUACGCCACUACGAUCCGCGACUCGAAGCGCUGCAGAGAGCGAGACUUCUUAAAGAAAGUCCACGAGACCAUCGAGAGAGGAGGAAAGGUCCUCAUUCCGGUGUUUGCUUUGGGAAGAGCUCAGGAGCUCUGCAUCCUUCUGGAAACGUUCUGGGAGAGAAUGAACCUUAAAGCGCCCAUAUACUUCUCUACGGGUCUGACGGAGAAAGCAAACCACUACUACAAACUCUUCAUCACGUGGACCAAUCAGAAGAUUCGCAAAACCUUCGUGCAGAGGAACAUGUUCGAGUUCAAACACAUCAAAGCCUUCGAUCGCUCCUACGCAGACAAUCCCGGACCCAUGGUGGUGUUCGCGACUCCGGGGAUGUUGCACGCCGGUCAAUCCUUACAGAUAUUUAAGAAAUGGGCCGGCAAUGAAAAAAACAUGGUCAUUAUGCCAGGGUACUGUGUGCAGGGAACGGUCGGCCACAAGAUUCUCAACGGCCAGAAGAAGCUGGAGAUGGAGGGAAGAGCCACGUUGGAGGUGAAGCUGCAGGUGGAGUACAUGUCGUUCAGCGCUCACGCCGACGCUAAAGGCAUCAUGCAACUGAUCCGCAUGGCCGAACCUCGCAACAUCCUGCUGGUUCACGGCGAGGCCAAGAAGAUGGAGUUCCUCAAGGACAAGAUCGAGCAGGAGUUCAAUGUCAGCUGCUUCAUGCCAGCUAACGGCGAGACCACCACGGUGACGACCAACCCGAGCGUACCGGUGGACAUCUCACUCAACCUGCUGAAGAGGGAGAUCGCACUGGGAGGUCCUUUACCCGACCCUAAGAAGCCACGUGCCAUGCAUGGAACUCUGAUCAUGAAGGACAAUAAUCUGAGGCUGGUUUCUCCAGAGCAGGCUUUAAAGGAGUUGGGACUUUCUGAACACCAGCUGCGUUUUACAUGUCGUGUGCAUCUGCAGGACCCUCACAGUGAUGCAGACACACUCGCCCGCAUCUACAGCCAUCUUAAGAGCUUGCUCCGAGGCUACGCCGUGCAGCACCUCCCCGACGGCACCGUUAUCGUCGAGUCCAUCGUCCUCAAAGUGUCUUCGUCCGGCGACGACCCAAAUCUAAAAGUUAUCCUGCUCUCCUGGAGCUAUCAGGACGAAGAGCUUGGAAGUUUUCUUUCGAAUCUGCUGAAGAAAGGACUUCCCUCCGGAUUAUGAGUGUCUGCUAAUAAAAAUAAAAUAAAAAUAAGAAA